AUGCAAAUCUUCGUCAAGACCCUCACCGGCAAGACCAUCACCCUCGAGGUCGAGUCGUCCGACACCAUCGACAAUGUGAAGUCCAAGAUUCAGGACAAGGAGGGCAUUCCCCCUGACCAGCAGCGUCUCAUCUUUGCUGGAAAGCAGCUCGAGGAUGGCCGAACCCUCUCCGACUACAACAUCCAGAAGGAAUCCACCCUUCACCUGGUUCUCCGCCUGCGUGGUGGUAUGCAGAUUUUCGUCAAGACCCUGACCGGCAAGACGAUCACUCUCGAGGUUGAGUCCUCUGACACCAUCGACAACGUCAAGUCCAAGAUCCAGGACAAGGAGGGCAUCCCUCCGGACCAGCAGCGUCUCAUCUUUGCUGGCAAGCAGCUUGAGGACGGCCGAACCCUCUCCGACUACAACAUCCAGAAGGAGUCCACACUCCACCUUGUCCUCCGUCUUCGCGGUGGUAUGCAGAUUUUCGUCAAGACCCUCACAGGAAAGACAAUCACCCUGGAGGUCGAGUCAUCUGAUACUAUCGACAACGUCAAGUCCAAGAUCCAGGACAAGGAGGGUAUUCCCCCGGACCAGCAGCGCCUGAUUUUCGCUGGUAAGCAGCUGGAAGACGGCCGCACCUUGAGCGACUACAACAUUCAGAAGGAGAGCACCCUCCACUUGGUCCUCCGUCUCCGUGGUGGUAUGCAGAUCUUCGUCAAGACACUGACGGGUAAGACGAUUACCCUGGAAGUGGAAUCAUCCGAUACCAUCGACAACGUCAAAUCCAAGAUUCAGGACAAGGAGGGUAUUCCCCCGGACCAGCAGCGCCUGAUUUUCGCUGGUAAGCAGCUGGAAGACGGUCGUACUCUGAGCGACUACAACAUCCAGAAGGAGAGCACCCUGCACCUGGUUCUCCGUCUCCGUGGUGGCCAGUAA